AUGGGGUCUCUUGACGAUGAUGCAUGGACUGGAACAGCCUAUGUUCAAGGUCGAGCCUCAGCCAAACUCCUCGCGAGUGACCUUGAGCUAAGCUUCUGGGGAGGCGUUGAGCCCCAGACGAGUGAGAUCAUUGACCGACACCAUCCCUUGAGUGGACAGCAUCUCCAAAAUACUGUCCUCGCUAUUCCAGGAGGUCGAGGAUCAUGUACUGGCAGUGGUGUUAUGCUCGAGCUGUUGCUCAACGGCAAAGCUCCUGAGGCAAUCAUAUUCGAGCGAAGAGAAGACAUCCUCACUUUGGGGGUUAUGAUUGCAGAAGAAGUCUUCAGCCAGUCCAUUCCUGUCGUGGUUCUGGACAAGGAAGACUUUCGACAUCUCAUUCGAAUGAACGGGCAGAUGAUAUAUGUGGACGACGGUUACGUUUCUACUCACCCGCCAUCGAAACACCGAAAAGGUUCGGUGAUAGACACAGCAAGUGGUCUUAUUCUGGAGACGACACCGGCUCUAGAAGGUAUCAAACUCUCAACACUGGACCAGGAACUUCUGAGGGGAGACUACGGCGAAGCAUCCCGCGUCGCUAUCAGAAUCGUCCUCCGCAUGGCCCAUCUUCUUGGCGCAACACGUCUCAUGGACGUAACACAAGUUCACGUCGAUGGCUGCGUCUAUACUGGUCCAGCAACGCUGGCCCUAGCAGAGCGACUUCGCGAUUGGGGCGGUAAAGUCCGAAUUCCCACGACACUCAACUCUUUGUCAAUUGACCAAAAGCGCUGGCGAGCACUCGGUGUCGAUACUACUUUCGGAGAAGCUGCUGAUGCGCUUGGCAAGGCGUAUACAGACAUGGGGGCACGGCCAACCUUUACCUGCGCGCCUUAUCAGCUAGAGAGUGCCCCGAAAUUGGGUGAGCAGGUUGCUUGGGCGGAGUCGAAUGCUGUUGUUUAUGCGAACAGUGUUUUGGGGGCGAGAACUAUGAAGUAUCCGGACUUUCUGGACAUAUCGAUUGCUUUGACUGGGAGGGCGCCUAGAGGGGGUCCUCAUCUAGGUGUCAAUCGACUGGCUUCAGUUUGUGUGAGGGUCGUUGGGCUAGAGGAUGCGACGGGUCUAGACGAUUCAUUCCUACCCCUGCUGGGAUAUUAUGUUGGGACUUUAUCGACGAGCCGAAUACCUGUAAUAACAGGGCUCGAGAAGCUUGGUCUCUCAACAGAUGAUCUGAAGGCCUUCGGUGCAGCUUUCGCCACGAUAUCGAGCGCUCCAAUGUUUCACAUCGUUGGUAUAACACCAGAGGCAACGACGCUUGAGGCUGUCAUAGCCCCUCAGUUCACCUCUGUUGAAGUCAAGUUGAGUGAUCUGGGAACAUGCUGGGAUAAGCUCAACAGCGCGCCAACAAACCAACCUAUCGAUCUUGUCUCACUGGGAAACCCGCACUUCUCCCUCUCCGAGAUACGAAAACUCGCUAAUCUUUGCGAUGGGCGACAAAAAGCCACUAGCGUGUCAGUUAUAGUUACGUGCGGUCGAUCAAUGUACAAACUCGCUGAACAAGCAGGUCUUGUAGCCCAGCUAGAGGAUUUCGGGGUGCAGAUAUUGACAGAUAUAUGCUGGUGUAUGGUAACCGAGCCUGUGAUCCCAACGGCGGUAAAGACAAUCAUCACCAACUCUGGGAAGUAUGCUCAUUAUGGACCUGGGCUCACGGGGAGAGGGAUGUACUUUGGAAGCCUUGCAGGAUGUGUUGAGGCGGCUUGUUCAGGAACAUAUGAAGCUGAAAAACCAGAGUGGCUUCAAAUUAAAGGACUUAUAUAG